CUUUGUGCCGUGGACACAUUUUCUUGGUCCCCUGAAACUCAAGAGGAGAUUCUUGCGGAAUGGAAUGAUUGGCAACACGAUGAAACGGCUUCGACAGAACCAGGUGUGUGUUGUGAUGAAUGUGGUCGCGUAUUUACGCGUUCGGACAACCUGAACCGACAUAUGAAAUCUCACAGUGACAAAAACCACGAGUGUUCGCGUUGUCGCAAAAAGUUUAAUCGAAAGGUAUGUAAUUUACAGGGAUAUAUUUCAAAACAUAUUAAAACAUUUUGAGCUAAUAGUAUUUAUAUGAUUUCAAGGAUGCUUUGAACCGACACAUGAAAACUCACAGUGACAAAGAUCACGAGUGUUCGCGUUGCCACAAAACGUUUAAUCGGAAGGUACGUAAUUUACAGGGAUAUAUUUCAAAACAUGGUAAAGUAUUUUGAGCUAAUAAUAUCUACUUAUAUUAUUUCAAGGAUGCUUUGAACCGGUAUGUGAGAAUGCACGAACAACGAAGAGCCCAAAGGGAAUAUACUUGCAAUAUCUGCGGUGAGGUGUUCCGCAAUAUAUUCCCCUUACAAGCCCAUCAACACGAUGUCCAUCAAGUUGGUCGUGGGAAGCGUACGAAGUUGCCGACCCGGCGAGCAAAAAGGCAAAGAACUGAUGAACCAGGUAUGUAUAAAUGAAAAUAUUUUGAUUACUAACUUUUUAUUUAUACAGAUAUUUUCUCUCUUUUAAGAACCUACAAGAUCUUCGACACGCGUUAACGAAGGUAAGCAUUUGCAUGCGUGUUUUCCGUUGCUAUGAUUGUUAAACACCACUAAUACAUUUUUUUUUUCCUUUUUAGGUGCUUCUACGUCUGCUGUCGUCAACGAAGGUAUGAAAUUCAAAUUUUUAUACCGCAUAUAGUAUAUUGAUUGUGGUGAUUUGAUGUGUAUGUUGACAAUGUUAAUUACUCGCAACCUCGGUUUUAAAACAUUGCCUGGAGAAAGACUUUGAAAUCCUAACAUUUAAGAAAGAAAGACUUUGAAAUCCUAACGUUUACAUUUGAAAAAUAUUUUCAUGCUGUUUUCAUGUUGUUUCACUGAUGUUUGUGUUUUGAAAACCUGAUAAAAAUAAUGAGUAAUUUUAAGCAUGGGUUUAUAGUGUGGAAUGCUCCUAAUUAUUCGUGCUAGACUUCAUGGUCAUUUGAUUUAGAACUAUUAAUUUAUGUCAUUGUACGAGUAUUUAUCAUUUAGUAACAUUCGCUAGCGUUUAGUCUAGGCUAAAAUAAUCGAGUAUUGUGUAGGUUUAUUAUGUUGCCCUGUGAAAUUUGCAUGAUCCUAAUUAUGUUAGACUUAUGUUGAUUUUUUAUGAAUCGGGUGUUUGUAUGACAAAAUUAGUGCGGAGCUCUAGACAAAAAUAAAGAAUCGGGUGUUAUUUCUAUAGGACCCCAACCGUUCCCUCAAGAUCCCCUAUUACCCCCAUCUAACCUUCCUUCCCAACUCCACCGAGAGCAUUGGCGUGCUAUACGUACGCGACAAAGCCGAGGCAAUCGAGUGCAAGACUGGUAUAAUUAUCGUUUGAGCUCGUUGAAUAUGGGUCAACUUGUGAACGAUAUAGACCGUAUAUUUGAAGAUCAGUCGACCGUCUUUAAAUUGAAUCUAUCCUUUGGCUUUGUUUUGUUUAACAACGAAACGGAGCAGAUGCAAUAUCACCACCCCUCAGCUAACAACAACCGUGUCUUCGACUCCCCAUUCCAGAUUAAUAACCGCGACGAUUUGGUUCAAGUGCGUACAGCGUUGGAAAACAUCGACAUUCAUGAAUGGGCCAACAAACAACGGCCCAACUCGAAAUGGAUUGUCAUGGAUAUUACCAACGUUACCUUCUACGUCACCAAACUUCGAGACCAUCCCAUCGGACGUUCUGUGCGUCUACCCAAAUACGUGUUGGAGAAUCCUGCCAUUGUGUCGCUCGACUGUGAUAAAAACACUGGCUUGCCAUACGAAGACAAACUAUGCUUCUUUCGUUGUUUGGCCCUACACCGUGGAUGUCAUUCCAAAAAUUUAGAACGUGAUACUCAGCAUUUUUAUGAACAAUAUGACGAUAGUGACGAUUUUGACGGUGUGACACUCGAAGAGCUCCCAGAGUUGGAAAAGUUAUUCGAGUUGAACAUUUACGUCUAUCGCCUUACAGAGUUACAUGACGAAGAUGACGCCACGACCUCCUUUGUGGCUCAACUCAUACAGCGCUCCCAUCGUAGAUAUGCCAAUUCGAUGUAUCUGAACCUCUACGGUAGUCACUUCAGCUACAUUAAGAACUUGGCGAUGUAUUCCAAGUCUUACUGUUGUUCCAAGUGUGACAAGAUGUGGAAAACAGCGAGAGCCUUAAACCGACACGAGCGAACCUGCGAGGCGACAGUUCGUCACAUUUUCCUGGCGGAGUCUAUAAAGUUCCACAAUCUAUCUUCGACUUGUUGGCCGAUGAAGGUAUCGAGAUCCCUGAAGACCUCAAGUACUUCCCUUAUCGCGCCACCUUUGACUUUGAAUGUUAUUUCAAACGUGAAACCGAACAUCCACGAAAUACAGCAAAGUUGACGUGGGAAGCUGAACAUAUCCCCUUGAGUGUCUCUGUAUGUUCGAACGUCCCUGGUUAUGAUCAACCCAAAUGCUUCGUCUCGUCUGGCAGUACAAGUGAAAUGAUCCAACAGUUCGUGGAAUAUUUGGUAAAAAUUAGUCAAGAAAGUUAUGUCUUGUUGUUGGAUCUGUUUGCGGAUGUGUUUCGUCAAAUUGAGGAACGAGUUAAUCAGGUAUAAUUCACACGUAUUAGUAUAUUUCAUAUCCUUAAUAUUUUUUUCUUAUAUCUUUAGGCGAGUGAAAACGAGGAGGUAGAUGAGGUAAAUGGUGAAAUCCUUAUUUCUUAUACUGUUGAACUUAUACCAUGUUUCUUCUAUUUUAGCCAAAUUCAGAGGAGCAGCUGGCAGAAUGUCCGAUGGGGUUGGAUAACGAGGUAAACUAUAUAUUUGGUCUAUUAGAUGUUUAUAAUAUUCGUACUUAUUAUGCUGUAUAUUUUUAGGAGAGGGAAGUGAGUGAUGGCGAAGUGGUUGGGGACGAAGUGAAUGAGGACGAAGCAGAAAAAACCCACCCACUGGAAAAGUUGGUCGAGAAGUUGGAACUUUACUUGAUGGAACUUCCUGUGAUCGGCUUCAUCUCGGGCAAGUACGAUAUAAAUGCUGCUAAGAACCCAUUCUUCUCUUACCUAGUGAAACACGAGCAAGUUAAGUUUGUGAUAAAGAGAAACAACAAUCAUAUGUGUCUUAAGACGCAACACUUAAAGUUUCUCGAUAUCACAAACUACUUGGCCCCCGGUUUCAGUUACGAACAGUUCCUCAAAGCGUACGAGUGCUCCCAGACAAAAGGCUACUUCCCUUACGAGUGGGUUGAUUCCCUUGGAAAGUUGAACAACCCAACCCUACCACCACGCGAAACCUUCCAUUCCAAUCUGUCCGGAACCGAUAUCACCGAGGAACAGUAUGAGUAUUGCGAGCGUGUAUGGAACGAACAGAAUAUGAAAACUUUCCGUGACUUUCUCGUGUGGUACAAUAACUUAGAUGUCGUACCUUUCCUCGAGGCUGUCCAGAAAAUGAGCAAUUUCUGGCAAGAAAGAAACAUUGACAUGUUUAAGGAUGGAGUAAGUGUGCCUGGCUUAACUAUGAAAUACUUGUUUUCAAACAUUCCAGACACCUACUUCUCCUUGUUCAGCGACAAGGACAAAGAUAUGUACUAUACCAUGAAAGACAAUAACGUAGGGGGCCCAAGUAUUAUCUUUAACAGGUACCAUGAGGAAGGGAAAACAUCAAUACGGAAGGAAGAAAUGCGAGCCAAAGGAAAAGAAUCGAAACCCUGUAAGAAUGUGGUUGGAUACGAUGCCAAUGCACUGUACCUCUGGGCCAUCAUGCAGAAUAUGCCGACGGGGCAGUACACAAGACGGUUAGAGGAAGAUGGGUUUAAGAAACGGUGGAGUGGAAAAAUGGCAAUAGAGUGUUUGGAGUGGAAAGCGAACCAGCGGAGAAUACAGAUCAGACACGAGUACAACAACACGGAGAAAAGAAUUGGCACUCGUCGUCUCCCUGUUGACGGUUUUCACGCUGAAUCACAAACGGUUUUUCAGUUUCAUGGUAAGUUGAAAUUAGUUAAGAUUAAUUAGCUAGGAUUAAGUUAAUUGUGUGGGAGUAAGUUGAUGAGUUUUUAGCGAUUGCGUGGGUCUGCAGGAUAAUUUAUUUUUUCUUUUGUAGGAUCUUUAAUAGUAUACUUUAUUCUACUAGGAUGUUAUUGGCAUGGCCACAACUGCCAACUUAACGAAGGUAAAGAAGUCAACGAGAAGCGUGAUAAGCCCAUGAAAGAACUCCUUGAAGAGACAAAAAGAAACAGUGCCUAUAUCACGAAGCAGGGAUUCAAUCUCGUUGAAUGUUGGGAAUGUGAGUGGCGAGAUAUGAAGAAACGAAACAGCGCGCUGCAACGAUUCAUCGCCACCCAUCUGCGUCGACCACUGGAUAAAUUGAAAACCAUGACCAAACAGUCCAUUAUCAACGCAGUGAAGAAUGAUAAACUAUUUGGAUGUGUGGAGUGUGAUAUACACGUACCUGAGAGUUUGCGAGAAUACUUCAAAGAGAUGUGCCCCAUCUUCAAGAAUACCGAAAUACGUCGAGAAGACAUCGGUGAGUUCAUGAAGAGCUAUGCCGAAGAAAACAACAUCAUGCCCCGACCUCGGCGGAGUCUCAUUGGAAGUAUGAUCGGAAAGAAGAUAAUGUUGGCAACUCCUCUUCUAAAAUGGUACUUAGAACAUGGUUUAGAGGUACGUUUUAAAUAUUAAAAACUUGUAAAAUUGCAGGAGAAAUUUUUUUUAACAAAUUGUAUUAUCGUUUUAGGUAACACACGUCUACCAGAUAGUCGAGUAUACCCCUAAGCCAUGCUUCAAACCUUUCGGUGACGCUGUAUCGGAUGCUCGUCGUGCUGGUGAUGCAGACCCCUCCAAAGCCAUCAUCGCGGACACGAUGAAAUUGGUCGGGAAUAGGUGAGUUUUAAAAUCACGCUGUUGUGACGUAUUCAAGAAAUACUCAUUUUUGUAUUUCUAUACAGCUCAUACGGGAAGACCAUCACCAACAAAGAGCGUCAUCGCAAGGUGGAUUACUGCAACGAUGAUGAGGUUUCUGAAUUAAUCAACUCACCAUUCUACCGCCAAAUGAACGUGAUCGACGAUGACACCUACGAAGUGGAAAGUGCUAAGAAG